UUCCGGGGCAGGCGGCGGCGGCGGCGGCGGGCGGGGAUGAGCUCGCAGCGGGGGAACGUGUCCCGCCGGCGGCCGCAGCGCCACCAGAACGCGCACGGCUUCCGCAACGACAAGUACGACACCAGCGCCCGGCAGAAGAAAAUAAAUGCCAAGCUUCAUGAUGGAGUUUGUCAGCAUUGUAAAGGUAUCUUGGAGUGGCGGGUAAAAUUCAACAAGUAUAAACUACUGUCAAAACCCAAAAAAUGUGUCAAAUGCCUCCAGAAAGCUAUAAAAGAUCCUUACCAUAUCAUUUGCCGACCUUGUGCUUGUAAACUAGGAAUCUGUGCUAAAUGUGGAAAGGAAGAAGAAAUUGUAAUUCCGAUUAAUAAAGGGCAAGACAGAACUGAGAGUACAGCUACUGAAAAUGGCCAAGAGAGAAGUGGGUUGGAGGAUGAACUGGAUUUUGAAGCAAACUUCAGUAGUACAGACAAUGAUGAAGAUUCUGAUGUGCUUGAAGAAAGAUUUAAAAGCAUGAAUUUUGAAAGGACAGAUGUCUAAAAUUUGAGUUUCUACUCAAGAGACUGAAUAAAAUAAAAUGUAGUAAACUGUUUGCCUUGAAUUUCUGUUCAGAAAGCCUGGUUUGUCAUCUAUAAUGCUUGCCUAUAAAAGUUGGCACUUUGUCUAUUAAUACUUGUUAGGUUUUUUAGGGGGAGGGGGAGAAGGGGCAUUGAUAUGUAUUCCUGUAUUAAAGCAGGAGUUCUUGUGGAAGGAUUCAGAACCUGAAUCUUUAAGCACAAGUAUGUUUUGCAUAUAUGUGACAACUUCCUGUUUCUGAGGAAUAAAGCCUCUUUGUGGAAUUGUUCUAAAUUCAGUGUUAUAUGACUGUUUUAUAGACACUUGGAAAGCUAUGUGGAAAAUAUGAAGUAUGUAUAAAAGGCCCUGUCAUAAAAAAGGAAAAGCUAAAUCAAAUAUGGCAGUUUUCUGAAGGAAAAGCUUCAGACUUUUACUCUUGUCAGUGAGCUUCCAAAGAGCAUUGAGAAGUCAAGUGCCCAUUACCCUUAUGCCUGCUGUUUCUUUUGUGUGCAGAGAGGGCCUGAAUGCCAUCGUCAGGACAGUUCAAUUAAUGCUUAUUUACCAUAUAUAAAUAUAGAUUUUAAAUUUGUGAUUAUUAUUACUAGCAAUGUCUUGAAAAUGAAGAAAAAUAAAAGACUUUUUAAAAAAU